AUGUCCGACACACAAGGUGAAGAGCGCGACGUCAAACAACGUCCAGAAUCGAAACAUGAAGAGGAGGAGGACGAGACCUCGCAGGCCCAACCUCGCUCCUCCUCAGUCAAACGAAUUGCCUUCUUCAUCUUUGUCGGAUUCCUCUUCUGGCUGGCCUAUACUGCGCGCCAGCGACAUUUGGCGAGGAAGAGCAAAGUCGUGUAUGCUACCAGGUCUGCCCAUGUACUCGGAGGAGUUCAAGUUCAGGCCGGCUGCGAGCCCUAUCGUCACGGAGACAUUGAAAGGCGGUGGGACGAGGAUCAGAGGGGCAAAUCCAACGGCUACCUCGAGGACUACGCCUACACCGACGCUGGAGAAGAAGAGGAGAAGGAGGAGGUCAAAGCGGAAUGCGCAGGCGAUGGCGAAGGCUGCGAAGAAGAAGUAAGAUCUGUUCGGUGGUUGAUACCAUCUUGUCAUUUUUCUAUCCUUCCAAAUAAUAUGAACAUGCUCUUAGUGCAUUUCACACGUCGACCAAUUCUUCUCGACUUUCGUGCUCCAUCAAUCGCUAUCACAACCUAG